ACUGAUGACAUCAAGCGGGUCGCAGGGAUUUGUUGGAUGCAGUCAGCUGGAUUCAGAGUCAUGAUCUUUGGUAGUCCCUACAAAAUGCCUAUGUCCUGCAGUGGACAUCCAUUGGCUGAUAUGAUUUAAUUAAUGUCAGGGAUGUAUUGUAAAAUAAAUUCCUUGCAUGUAAAUGUAUGAUAGCCCAGUGGAUAUAACCUCUGCCUCUGAUUACGGAGGGUGUGGGUUCGAUCCGGUCUGGGGCAUGCACCUUCAACUUUUCACACAUGUCUCAAACAGUGAAGGAAAAACAUCAUGAGGAAUCCUGCACAUCAAAGAAUUUACCUAAUUAUCUGCAUCUGUGAAGUCUGCCAAUACACAUUGGGCCAGCAUAGUAGACUACAUAUUGGCCUAACUCCUAUCAUUCUGAGAGGAGACUUGAGCUCAGCAGUGAGCCCAAUAUGGGUUGAUAAUGAUGAUAAUGAUAUAAUUGUUGCUCUUUUUAACAAUGGUUGUCCACUUAACCUCAUUUGUGUUAUUUUGCUCAGUCAAGUAACUGUAUAAUUUUAUAAUGAAUAACCCACAUUUGGCUUACUGUUGAGAACGAGUUUCCUCUCAGAAUGGGAGGGGUAGGCUAAUAGUCUACCACACUGGCUAAAUGCUGAUUGGCAGACUUAAGACUUCACACACAUAGCGAAUUAAAAUUCUCAGGUAUACCGGUCUCCUCAAGAUGACCUUGACUUAUUAACAAACAACGGAUUUGAAUGAGAUUAAUAGGCAAAAAACGGCAUGGUCGAAUCCGGUCCGGGCACACAGAACACUAAUACUCAUGCACCUCCAACUUUGCAGUUGUGUGCAUUUUAAGAAAUUAAAUAUCACGUGUCUCAAACCAAUACACUGUAAUCUUUGUAUCAAACGAUGAAGGAAAAACAUCGUGAUGAAACCUGCUUAACAGAGAAUUUUCUUAAUUCUCUGCGUAUAUGAAGUCUGAAAAUCCGCAUUGGACUAGCGUAGUGGACUAUUGGCUUAACCCUUUUACCAACUCGUAAAUCUAUGGCUUAACCCUUCUCAUUCCGAGAGGAGACUCGAGCUCAGCAGUGAGCCGAAUAUGGGUUGAUAAUGAUGAUGAAAUAGACCCCUAUUUCACACGGGUGCAGUGCUGAUGCUAAAUACACUACAGAAAAACUGUCAACGUCGGUUAAGUAUAAAAACAUAUCACUAAUAUUAUAAAGGCGAAAGUUUGUGUGUAAGUGUGUGUGUAUGUUUGUUCCUCCUUUACGCUGCGGCUACUGAAGCGAUUUGGCUGAAAUUUGGAAUGGAAAUAGAUUUCAUUCUGGAUUAACUUAAAGGCUACUUUUCAUCCCGAAAAAGUCCAUGGUUCAUGGACGAAGUUGCGAGCGUCCGCUAGUUAGUAAUACACCGUUGAUUAAAAACGUAAAAAUUGUAAUAAAACUCCGGUACACCGUAUCAUUUCAAUCGUUCAAAUCAAAUCGCAAUGAAAAAAAAAAAGAAAAACAUUUUUAAUUUCUUAUGUAGCGAAAAUGAGGUUGUGGCUUAUUGAAUUAUUGUUGGGUAGGUACGUAGUCAUAAAAUUUAACAGAUUUUAUAAAGGAUAUUCAUAACUCCGUCAUUUAUUUACAGAUUUAUAAAUAUUUAAUGCGAUUUACUGAUCAUGUAAGGCGGUGCUAAAUCUAUAAUUAAAAUAAAUCUGUAGAGAGGUCAACUCUGUACAUGAAAUACUAUAUUGUUCCAAAAUAACUAUCACAGGGUGAUUAGUGAUCGAUACUGAUGCCAAAAAUGCAAUCAGUAAAAUUUUUGUCUGUCUGUCUUUAUGUUUUUUAUAGAAACAAAAACUACUCAGCGGAUUUUAACGAAACUUGGUACAAUUAUUCUUCAUACUCCUGGGCAGGUUUUAGUAUACUUUUCAUCACGCUACGAUCAAUAGGAGCAGUGAAGGGAAAUGUUGGGAAAACGGGAGAAGUUACUUUAUUUUUUAAGCUUCCGUCGCGUGGUAGGGUAGGGGUAGGGUAGGGUAUAUCGAAAAGCUUGGAUUAAAAGUAGGUAGUAAAAAAUAGAAAAAUUGUAGAUUGUAGAAAUUACUUACAUUUUAUUGUUCAAGUUGAAUAAUAGUUAUUGUAAACUUGAAGUAAAGUAUAGUUUAGAUGACAAAGAAUUCGCUCUUUUUAAGUUUGAUAACACUUAUUGGACACCACGACUAAUAGGAGCAGAGCAGUGAAUGGAAAUGUUGGGAAAACGGGAGAAGUUACUCCAUUUUUUAAGCUCCCGUCGCGUGGUAGGGUAGGGGUAGGGUAGGAGCAUGGUAGGGGUAGGGUUAAGUCCCUACUUAUCCCCUGUAUGGUAUAUAGUACCUAUGUAGAUAGUAGAUCUGAAAGAGUAAGCUCCAUUCGUGCGUCGGAGCUGACACAUACUUUUUUACUUUAUUUAAUUAUCUUUCAGUCUCAUUUACAAUAGCCAAUGGAAAUAGAACAAUAGAAACAACUAAAAACAAUUGCGAAAACAUAAAAUGCAUAUCAUCAGACGCACCAGUGUGCGUCAAACUUAAAUACAAUUCCAAGAAACAAGAAGAAAUUUUCAUUGUUGCAAUAAAUAAAUGCGAAAUAAUGCAUGCUAAGUGUAAAACAGGUGAGUUCAUCAUCAUCAGGCACUGACAAUAAAAUGGCAAUGGGCUGGUCACAUCGCACGCUGUUCUGACAGAAGAUGGACAAUAGAAACAACCAAAUGGAAGGGUCCAUCAGGUAAAAGAAAAGUCCAUAGACCAAAGCAGCGAUGGGAAGACGACAUCGCUCAAGCAGUGGGGAGAAAUUGGAUUGACCAAGCCAAGGACAGGUGGAAAAGGUUGUGGGAGGCCUAUACCCAAAAUGGGGUCCAUAUCCCAAAUAAUUUAGAUCUAAGUUAAACACUAACAUUAACUAACACUAUAUUAUAAGUACAUUUGUAAAAAAAUGUAAUCACUAACACAAUGUAAAAUGUAAAAACUGAGGAUAUUGGAAUAAAAAGGCUUUAUUAUUAUUAUUAUUAUUCAUCAUCAUCAUAUCAGCCGAUGGAGUCCACUGCAGGACAUAGGUCUUUUGUAGGGACUUCCAAACAUCAUGACACUGAGCCGCCUGCAUCCUUGACAUCGCUUGAUGUCGUCAGUCCACCUGGUGGGGGGCGACCAACGCUUACUAGUGCGGGGUCGCCAUUCCAGCACUUCGUGACCCCAACGUCCAUCGGCUCUUCGAACAAUAUGCCCCGCCCAUUGCCACUUCAGCUUCGCAACUCGUUGAGCUAUGUCGGUGACUUUGGUUCUUCUGCAGAUCUCCUCAUUUCUGAUUCGACAGGUAUAGAUGCAGAUAUAGUUCCUAUGAUCAACUGCAAGCAUGAGACCAAAAAAAAUACAAGUAUUCCGUCUUUUCGCUCUACAUCCCACCCUGGCACCAAUAAUUUUAAAAAUAAACAACAUUUACAUAAAAUUCCUUCAAAUCCAAGUCGUAAAGUGAUAGAUCCUUCUUGGCCUAAAGGUAGCUCCGAAGGCUCUCAUAAUAUUGAUGACAGAAAUGACAAUGAAGAUGAUGCUUUAGAGUUUAAUGAUGAUGAUAAUAUUCAAGAUAAUUCUAAUCUGAAUGAAGGUGUUGAGCCAUGUGAAAAUUAUGAUAGCGAUGAUGUUAAAGUCCAAAAUGACAACGAUGUUGAGGAUAGAGAUAGUACUGUAAAAGAACAAGAUGAUGAUGAUUAUGAUACUGGUGAUGUGAAACUUCAAAAUGACAAUUUUAACAAUGAUAGAGAUGAUGCUGCAGAAGAGCAUUAUGAUGAUUAUGAUACUGGUGAUGUUAAACUUCAAAAUGACAAUUAUAAUGAUGAUAGAGAGCAAUAUGAUGAUUAUUAUGAUACUGGUGACGUGAAUGAGAACAAUGGAGAUAAUGUUAUAGAAGAACGUGAUGACGAAAAUAUUGAUACUGGUAAUAAACUCCAAAAUAUUAAUGGGGAUGAUCGAGAUGAUGCUGUAGAAGAGCAGGAUGAUGAUAAUAUUGAUAUUGGUGAUGAUAAGCACCAAAAUAAUGAUGUGGAUGAUCAAGGUGAUGAUUAUAUUGAUAUAAUCAAUUAUAACGUCCAAAAUGGUGAUAAUGAUGACUUUGCGGGAAGUGAAAACGAUGAUAGUCAAGUCAUUAAUGUAGAAUUCAAAUAUGGAAGUUAUGAAGGAAAUGCUAAAACAGUUAAGGGUGUUGAGGAUCUUGAAGAAGAGAAUGGUGACUUCCAUGAUGCUAGUGCUGAUAAGCUCAAAAAAGAUUAUCACGACGACCAAGAGGAAGCACAAAAUAAAGAUGAUGCUUUAAAUCACGAACCUACUGAGACAAUAGAAAUUGGUGAUAUAAGCUACGGUAGUCCAGAGGAUUUUGAAAAAUACAAAACAGUAGGCAACAAACAGCCAAAAAAAUUUAAAUCACCCGGAGAAGAGAACGAAUCUAUAAUUUUUGACCCUGAUUACGAUAAAACAGAUGAAAAUGAAGCAAAGAACGUGGAAUAUAAAGACAAUUGUCCCGCGGAGUGUCCCGCUAGACGAGUGAUGGUGUGUGCGCGAUGUCAACACAACAUACACCGCACUUUUCUGAGUGUGUGCCACCUCAGACAGUUCCACUGCAAGCAUCCCAAUGAGAAGAUGGAACUAGUGAGCAGGCGUCCUUGCAUGUUGUCGGCGCCAUAUUUGAUGGACCUGCCAUUGUCUAUGGCGAAACAGCCCGAUCCAGGAGAUGAAGACACAGUUCUGAAGUUCCUCCGUUGCAAGGAAAAGGGGAGAUUGAAAAGAGAUCCAAGAUGCAAGUUUUGACUGUAAUAAAUGAAAACGAAUGACUGUAAUAAAUGAUGAAUUUGAUUGAAAA